AUGUCAAAAGCUUGCCAUGUGUGUCAUCGCACCUUCGCUCGAGGCGAGCAUCUAAGAAGACAUCUGAGAACGCACACGAAAGAAAAGCCGUAUGAAUGUCAUUGUGGACAAGCCUUUGCCAGGCGGGAUCUACUUACCCGCCACGAGCGACUCUACCACGCUACGGGGGAUGCUGCUACUCCACUGGCGACGUCCACAAUGAGUGCAGGCCAGGACCAAAAUUCGGCGGCACUCAACCCAUGGCCAGUCUACCAUGAAGUCAUGCAAGCCACUAGCCAAAUGACAUUGAACGCUUUAGGGCACUUGGGGAACCAAGACGCAGCUCCUCAAGAGCUCAUGCAACAGUUCCCUUAUGGCAAUAACACUGAGUUACUAAACCUGCCCAGUAGUCCAAUGGAGGCUAUGCUUGACAUCUCUGAGUUCUUCGACGCUGUCGGCCUAGACAUCCAACACGGCCUCAAUCUUUUCCCGUCCGCAGGAUUCGCCACAGGGCAAUUUCAGGAAUCCGAACAUAUCAUUUCAUCGGCUCCAAGCAUGGGUCGGUAUCAGUCAACUCCUGAAAGUCAAGAACUGGCGUCGAAUGAACCCCCACCGAUGCGGAACAUGAAUCCAAUCCCAGAUGCUGGUACUGGUGAAGAUGAUUUUCAUGAAUUGAAACCUUUGCGGCAACCUUGGAAAGUGAACGAAUCUCAACGAAGUCAAUUCAUUCAAUAUCUCAACCCAUACGCUGCGGCGCUAGGAUCAUUUAAACUUCCUUCCAGGUUAUCGUUGUCAAGAUACAUUGCUGGGUAUAUUGACGGAUACAAUGAUCACCAUCCUUUCAUGCAUAUGCCAACCUUCUGCAUGAAAUAUUAUCGAGAGUCUCCAGAGCUGGUGCUGGCACUCCUAGCCGUCGGUGCUCAACUUCGAUAUGAGACACGCAACGCUUCCGCAUUGUACCGAGCUGGAAGGGCAAUAAUCUUGCAUCGACUAGAAUCAGGAGAGUUGGCGAUCCAGCCUGGAGGAUUAUGUGGAAUAUCCAGGCCGUCUAACUCUCUUGCCUUCCCAAGAGAAGAAGCUUAUAUCUCUACUACAGCCUCACGCCUAGACACUAUGAAGGCAAUCUUGUUGUUGGCAACCUAUUCUACCUGGCAAGAGGACUCCUAUAUCGUUCGAGAAUCUCUCGAGUACCCAGGCCUCCUCGCGCGGUGUCUGCGAGAGAGCGGACUCGUAAAUGAUGUCUCUCACACCGACGAAGACCUGGACUGGUAUUCCUGGGCACGAGCUGAGUCAGAUCGCAGGGCGAAGCUCGCCGCAUUCUGCUUCUUGAAUCUUCAAACACUGGUCUUCAACGUUCCGCCGGUCAUCUUGGCGAAUGAGAUUGAUUUGUGGCUGCCAGUAACUUGUGAUGAAUGGAUGGCGCCUAGCGCUGCGUUGUGGCUAGAGGCUCGUUGCAAGAGUCCGGCGCUCGUUCGCUUCCAAGAGGCGUUUGUCAACUUGGUCCAACCUCGCACGGAAGAAUGUCCAGUUCCUUCACCCUUUGGAAACUUUGCGAUGAUACACGCGAUCCUGCAGCGCCUCAUAGUCGCAAAACAACUCUCACUGGAUCCUGCAUCUCCGGGGUACGCACCCGAAGAGGUUGCAAAAUUCGAAUCAUCGCUACACCGGUGGCGUGACCAAUGGUGCAAGGCUCCCGAGUCCGUUUUAGACGUUAGGCAUACCAAGGGGUCUCUCUCUUGGACAGCGACGUCUCUGCUUGGAUUAGCUCAUGUACGCCUGCAUUUUGCUUCGAGAAGACCGCAAGAGGUUUGUUCCGGAAACCCAAAGACCAUUGCAGGCAAUGCUUGGGAUGCUCGGCCGCCAGAACGUGGGCCUCAGCUCGUCUACGCUCUUCUACAUGCGGUUCACGCAUUGAACAUUCCUGUGCAACUCGGUAUCGACUACUUGGCUAGCUGCCAGGCUUUCUUCUGGAGUCUGCAACACUGCUUCUGUUCCUUUGAGGCGGCAGUGUUUCUCAGUAAAUGGCUGUAUAUGCUCGCAGAAACACAGGAUACGGGAGAGUUGGAUAGUAAGUUACAUAAUCCAACGAAAAUGCCGAUGCCAAGACUGACGCGAGACCAAGUAAAUGAACGCCAGAUAAUAAGUUGGAUAGAGUGUGUUGUUAACGAGGCUUUGGCUUCGGUCGAAGCAAUUGACGGAUACGAUCUGAGUACUCUGGAAGACAACACCUCACACUCUUUGGAGACUCUUGGUCGCUUGGUGAUCAAGUUAUUCGCCAAGAUGUUUGAAAGAUGCAAUAGCGCCUGGCCGAUCAUGAGAACGAUCGGUCAAAGUCUACACGAAUAUGCGAGUCUUCUGGAUGAAUAUGACAAGUCGCCAAGCCAUUAUCAGAAGAGAGGCAUUGAUGUCAGCGUGACAACACGAAGCAAAUAG